GGGGGCGAGCUCUCUCGCGAGAGUGGGUUUGUUCUUGGGCUGCAGCCGCUGCCGCCACCUCUCGCCAGCGCCGUUGCUGCGGGGGAUUGUGGGAGCCUCCGCGUCCCGCUCGCUGGGAGAGAGGUACCUCUCCUUUUCCCUCUCCCUUUUCCUAAGAGUUGUCUGCUGGUUCUCAGCUUGAAGAAGAUUCUGCAGUCCUUAUUGAUCCUUUUUCUUGGCGUUACCAUUUUUUGAAGCAAAGUUAACCUAGCUUUCUAGUUUGAGCUUUCUUUUUGGCCGUCUUUAAAAAAAUUUUUUUUUAAAUCUAUAAAAUAGACAAGAGCUAGUUCUACAAUGUCCAAGUCAUUCCAGCAGUCAUCUCUCAGUAGGGACUCACAGGGUCAUGGGCGUGACCUGUCUGCGGCAGGAAUAGGCCUUCUUGCUGCUGCUACCCAGUCUUUAAGUAUGCCAGCAUCUCUUGGAAGGAUGAACCAGGGUACUGCACGCCUUGCUAGUUUAAUGAAUCUUGGAAUGAGUUCUUCAUUGAAUCAACAAGGAGCUCAUAGUGCACUGUCUUCUGCUAGUACUUCUUCCCAUAAUUUGCAGUCUAUAUUUAACAUUGGAAGUAGAGGUCCACUCCCUUUAUCUUCUCAACACCGUGGAGAUGCAGACCAGGCCAGUAACAUUUUGGCCAGCUUUGGUCUGUCUGCUAGAGACUUAGAUGAACUGAGUCGUUAUCCAGAGGACAAGAUUACUCCUGAGAAUUUGCCCCAAAUCCUUCUACAGCUUAAAAGGAGGAGAACUGAAGAAGGCCCUACCUUGAGUUAUGGUAGAGAUGGCAGAUCUGCUACACGGGAGCCACCAUACAGAGUACCUAGGGAUGAUUGGGAAGAAAAAAGGCACUUUAGAAGAGAUAGUUUUGAUGAUCGUGGUCCUAGUCUCAACCCAGUGCUUGAUUAUGACCAUGGAAGUCGUUCUCAAGAAUCUGGUUAUUAUGACAGAAUGGAUUAUGAAGAUGACAGAUUAAGAGAUGGAGAAAGGUGUAGGGAUGAUUCUUUUUUUGGUGAGACCUCGCAUAACUAUCAUAAAUUUGACAGUGAGUAUGAGAGAAUGGGACGUGGUCCUGGCCCCUUACAAGAGAGAUCUCUCUUUGAGAAAAAGAGAGGCGCUCCUCCAAGUAGCAAUAUUGAAGACUUCCAUGGACUCUUACCGAAGGGUUAUCCCCAUCUGUGCUCUAUAUGUGAUUUGCCAGUUCAUUCUAAUAAGGAGUGGAGUCAACAUAUCAAUGGAGCAAGUCACAGUCGUCGAUGCCAGCUUCUUCUUGAAAUCUACCCAGAAUGGAAUCCUGACAAUGAUACAGGACACACAAUGGGUGAUCCAUUCAUGUUGCAGCAGUCUACAAAUCCAGCACCAGGAAUUCUGGGACCUCCACCUCCCUCGUUUCAUCUUGGGGGACCAGCAGUUGGACCAAGAGGAAAUCUGGGUGCUGGAAAUGGAAACCUGCAAGGACCUAGACACAUGCAAAAAGGCAGAGUGGAAACUAGCAGAGUUGUUCACAUCAUGGAUUUUCAACGAGGGAAAAACUUGAGAUACCAGCUAUUACAGCUGGUAGAACCAUUUGGAGUCAUUUCAAAUCAUCUGAUUCUAAAUAAAAUUAAUGAGGCAUUUAUUGAAAUGGCAACCACAGAGGAUGCUCAGGCUGCAGUGGAUUAUUACACAACCACACCAGCGUUAGUAUUUGGCAAGCCAGUGAGAGUUCAUUUAUCCCAGAAGUAUAAAAGAAUAAAGAAACCUGAAGGAAAGCCAGAUCAGAAGUUUGAUCAAAAACAAGAGCUUGGACGUGUGAUACAUCUCAGCAAUUUGCCCCAUUCUGGCUAUUCUGAUAGUGCUGUUCUCAAGCUUGCUGAGCCUUAUGGGAAAAUAAAGAAUUACAUAUUGAUGAGGAUGAAAAGUCAGGCUUUUAUUGAGAUGGAGACGAGAGAAGAUGCAAUGGCAAUGGUUGACCAUUGUUUGAAAAAAGCCCUUUGGUUUCAGGGGAGAUGUGUGAAGGUUGACCUGUCUGAGAAAUAUAAAAAACUGGUACUGAGGAUUCCAAACAGAGGCAUUGAUUUACUGAAAAAAGAUAAAUCCCGAAAAAGAUCUUACUCUCCAGACGGCAAAGAAUCUCCAAGUGAUAAGAAAUCCAAAACUGAUGGUUCCCAGAAGACUGAAAGUUCAACCGAAGGUAAAGAACAAGAAGAGAAGUCCGGUGAAGAUGGUGAGAAAGACACAAAGGAUGACCAGACAGAGCAGGAACCUAAUAUGCUUCUUGAAUCUGAAGAUGAGCUACUUGUAGAUGAGGAAGAAGCAGCAGCCCUGCUAGAAAGUGGCAGUUCAGUGGGAGACGAGACCGAUCUUGCUAAUUUAGGUGAUGUGGCUUCUGAUGGGAAAAAGGAACCUUCAGAUAAAGCUGUGAAAAAAGAUGCAAGUGCUUCAGCAGCAGCAAAGAAAAAGCUUAAAAAGCGUCGUUUCCCAGGGAGUAUGGAAGGUUUUGUCACUCUAGAUGAGGUUGGUGAUGAGGAAGAUUCGGAACUUCAGAAACUUCGUAAAUCGGGCAUGGCAUUUAAAUCUGGUGACAAAAAUGAUGAUGGUUUGGUUGAAAUUAAGGUGGACAAGAUCGAGGAACUUGAUCAAGAAAACGAAGCAGCGUUGGAAAAUGGAAUUAAAAAUGAGGAAAACACAGAACCAGGUGCUGAAUCUGCUGAGAACGCUGAUGAUCCCAACAAAGAUACAAGUGAAAACGCAGAUGGUCAAAGUGAUGAGAACAAGGAGGACUAUACAAUCCCAGAUGAGUAUAGAAUUGGACCAUAUCAGCCCAAUGUUCCUGUUGAAAUUUCUGAAUAAAUUGGCAGAAGAACGCAGACAGAAGAAGGAAACUUAAGAUGUGCAAGAAGAUUUAAUGAUUUCAAAGAAAAUAAUGGUUCUUCGUUUUUAAUGUUAACCUUUUUUAAAUACAAUACUGAUAGUUAGAAGAAAACUAUUGUACUCUUUUGUUUUAGUGGAGAAAUAAUAGAUGUCUGUUCAUGUGUUAAGUGUUAUAGCAAAAAAAAAAAUACACAUAUGGUUAAGUUAAUGAAUAGUUUUUGUUUUAUCAAAAUGGCAACGGACAGAAGAAGUACUUUGUAGAGAUUGACUUCCUAAGCUACUUAAGACAACUUGCACCACUAAGAAAGAAAUGUAGAACCAUUUGGAAAAAUGAAAUUUAGUAGUUCCAAGUUUCAAAGAAAUGUCAACAUUUUAUUCCAUUCAAUAAAGAACAAAACCAAUAGUAUUUUUAUUACUUUCAUCUGAAACAUUCCAUGUUUUAAUCUGAGCCUUGCAGACUUUGAUUUGGAGUUUGAACCUGUUUUGGUUGCAUUUCAUUUUUGGAGAACUUCAUUAACGUGAGAUUGGCGAUUCAAAUGCAGGUGCAGUUUUCUGUUAAUGUCAUGCUGUUGUUUAGGUAAUAAGAAAUAUUAAGUAAUUGGCUUUAGAUUUUGUAAUUUUUUCCCUGAGUUCCUGCUAGAUUUCGUAUUCUAGUAGUCAAUGUAUUUUCAGUGAAAUGUAAAAAUAUUCCCGUUCUCUUUGACCAGUAUUAAUUUUUGAGAUCUUACUGCUUGUCACUUGAAUCCCGUAAUUGUCAUACAUCUCUGGUAUAAGCAACAUUUGAUUUUUGAAGUGUGUAGACCAUCUCUUCAUAUUUUCAAGAUGUAAUUUUACAUUUCUGCAUUUUUAAAACAGUUUGGCCAUAAUCCUAGAUGCACGCUUCUAAUUCAUGUACCUGCACAUGUGACCUUUGUGAACAGAAAUUUGCAUGUAUAAUUUGUGUUUACUUGUAACUUUCUGGUUAUAUACUGCUUAUAUCUGUGGAUUCAAGUUACUGAAGUGAAUACCAAUAAAAAGAAAACCCUAGGCCAUGUUCAUUGGUUAUACAUGUUUGGAAUGUUAACCAACAUAUUUGUCAGUUGUGGUUUUUAUUCGCUCUUAAACUUUGUGCAUGCUUUAACAAUUUAUUACUUUUAAAUCUAGAAUGAAUGUUCUAAAGACUGCCACUAAAGGUCUGAGUUUUAAAAAUUUUGCUGCUGGUGGAUUUCUUGUUCCUGUUACAUAACUAAAAGUGAGGCCAUUUGUGGUUUUUAAAAACCUUACGAAUUAAAAAUACUGCAGGUGAACAAACAGCAAAAGCUUGUGUUUAGACAUACUGUUGACUUAACAGUACAAUUGGAAAUAGUAUGGAUGAGCAAGAAUUAGUUCUGCCAACUUUUCAAAAUAAUUACGUAGGGCUUCUUGGUAUAUUGGAUCAUCUGUUGUAAACAGUUUUUUUUUUUUUCCCCCUGAAACAGGGUCUCACGCUGUCACCCAGACUCCAGUGCAGUGGCACAGUCACAGUUCUCUGCAACCUCAGCCUCCGGGCUCAAAGGACCCUCCUACCUCAGCCUCCCGAGUAGCCGGGACUACAGGCUUAUGCCAUUAUGCCUGGCUAAUUUUUGGGUUUUUUUGUAUAAAUGGGACUUUGCCAUGUUGCCCUGACUGGUCUUGAAUUCUUGGGCCCAAGUGAUCUCACUUCAGCCUCCCUAAGUGCUGGGACUGUCGGCAUGAGCCACCGUCCCUGGCCAAGAAACAAAGUUUUAAGAGGAUAGGCAUUGUCUUUCAAAUGUUCAGACCCAAAUGCAUUAAAGGAUAUUUCAAAUAGUUGGAUAAAUUUUAUGGUCUCUCCCGUUGAAAAGCAGGUGAUGAUUUUAAUGUGACAUGCACAAAAAAUCCUUGCCAGUUUACUUCUGCAAUUUUAGCCUUUACUAAUUACCCACUUCUGUUUAAUUCCCAUUUUUAACUAACAGCAGGUACAGAAAGCACUAUGUGCA